AUGAUGCUUUGGAAGAUCCAAGUCCUAAUUCUCCGAUGUCUCAAGCAGUCUUUGGUCUGCCACUACUCGAUACAAAAGCAGAUGGGGAGGCCACCAAAGAAACGGGCCCGCGAAGACGACAGCGAUUUAGGCCUAUUCAACAUUCCAAACGGCAGUGAUCUGUUGCCGGAAUUGAAUGAUCCUCUAUGCGGACUUCCAGACUUGAGUACCUUGGGUACAGACGCAACAGCUAUUGCGGAUGUUGCGUACAUCUGGCCCCCAGUCUACACUGCUCCAUCGGGCCACGCGCAACCAAUCCCUCACCUAUUCUCUACAGAUGAGAACCAUAAUCAUUCCUCGCAAUCAGGAGCUGCGAAACUCACCACCCCUAUUCCUCAGACAAUCAGCCCGUGGCCUGACUUCUCGAGUGUAUCGGCCGCCACAUCUACCCCGGCCAUGCUCCCGCCAGAUCUAUCCCAGAUGGCAUCGGCUCCCUUUACUCCAGGAAGCAACGACUCUGACAAUCAAUGCACCUGCUUGCACUAUCUCUACCUCUGUCUCAGUCACCUUUCCUCCCUCGCUCCCUUUCCGAUAUCCCAACACACCGUAUGUUCUUUGUACAUUGGCGCAAAGACCGCGCAAAGGGUACUUCGCUGCCAGACCUGUCCGCUGAAAUUUGCAACGGCCAUGCAAAAUGUCAUGUUCACAGGGACCCUGUUAAAUGUCCUGGGCGACACCUGGCUGCGGGUGUCAAAGGCCGAUGCCGUAGAGCUUGGCAAGCAGACCGCCCCGCCAGCUUAUGUGGCCCAUGUCGCCAAGAACUCGCCCAACCCGACGGAAACUUGGAAGGACUGGCUGCGACAGACGGUCCGGAGCGGCGUUACCGGGGUCCCAGCUGAUCCUGCGGGUUCGGCGAAAUGCGCCGAUUCUCCUAGCUUACUCUCCCUUAUUGAGGAAAUGGAGAACCGGCAGCGGAGCUGGCACGAAGACCGCCCGGCGCACUUCCCGCCUGUGAUGGUGGAAACGCGUUCCAAAGAUCAACGUGAUGAGCAGGACGUGUUAUGUCUACGAGUGGCCAGAAGUGCCCGGGAAGUGAUUGCAAAGUUUGACUUUCAACCACAUGAAUUCCCGAAUGGUGUAGUUCCCUGA